UUUCAGAUAAGAAUUGGUGGACCAUAGAUCAAUUUGAAAUUCAUGAUUCUGUUUUCAGAAUCAAUCAUGAACAAAACUAUUAACAUUCUCUUGUCUCUCUUUUACCUGUGCGUUAAUUGUGUUUCAGUCUCUCAAGAAUGGAAUACACUAGAUGUUUAUGCUUUUCAGACGCUGACCAAAGCAAAUGAGAGAUGGAUUCGCGAAACUGAAAAUCGAUUGGAGAAAAAUUGUGAUAAAAAGAUUCAAUCUUUAGAAAAAAUUGUUAAGGAACUCUCAAAGCAAGUAAAACAACAAGCACUGUAUCAGGAACAUACUGAAAAACUUGAGCUUAUUGUUCGUGAACAAGAAAAAACUAUUUCUAAAUUAAAAGUCGAAAGGAUGCAUAUUAAGAAAGUUGGCACUGUAAAUCGAAAUGUCCUUGUUCCAACAGAAGAUGAACGCGAAAAAGUCCUGACCACUGAAGGUGGUGUUCUUCGCCAACCAGGAGUUAAGCAGUGUAUAAGAAGCUUCAUGAAACAAAAGAGAUUGCUUUCCCCAACGACCUUGCAACCACCAAUCACGUCUAAAAAUAUAGCAUUUUACGCAUAUAUGUCAAAAUCAACUCCCUCUAUUUCUAUUCAAUAUCCUAUAGCUUUUGAUAUUGUUAAAACUAACAACGGAAACGGUUAUCACGCUUCAACAGGAGUGUUUAUUGCUCCUGAGACAGGAAUUUAUGUGUUUACUUGGACUAUCAGAGAAUAUAGCAAUUGUCGGCAUUCAACUCAGUUAAUGGUAAAUAAUGCCGCCAUCGGAGUAAUUCAUGUUGAUACAGGAUCCAGUGGUGACAUGCCAGGGACAGGAGUCGUGGUCACGCAUGUUAACACAGGAGAUGACGUAUAUGUUAGAACGUAUGUAGUAUAUAAUAAUUGUCAAAUUUUUAGCGAUAUCGCAGGACGGUCAUCAUUUGCAGGCUGGAAACUGUCAUAAGAACAAAUCAGAAAUAAAACUAAAACGAUAAAAAUGUUGUGAUCUUUGAUUUUUAGAAAUGUCGUUAUAAACGAAGAUCCUUGUACAGUACUAUAAGAUUUUAAAAGCAUAAUCCCGAUAAAUUUCAGAUUGUAUAUUUGUUUAAUCCAGCAAAAUGAAAAGAUUCCAUGAAUUACAUCUUCUGAUGUUUCUUUAUUUCUAAGUCGGAGAGACAUUAGUCAUUAUCUGCUCACUGUAAGUGACUUCUACUUCAAAACCUCCAGUUUACAUUGAAUUGUUAAACUAAAGCAAUCAGUAAAUAUCAAAUUGCUAGAAUGUUAUUUAAAAAAAUCUUUGCAAUUUAAUUGUUGUUGAUUUAAACAAUCAUUGCAUUUGUUACGACGAAAGUGA